AUCUCGUCUCUCUUCCUUUCUAGUUCCAAAAUAGACGGGACAUGUAGCGUAGUGUAGAUGACACGGUAAAAGCAGAAGAGGAGGGGGGGCUGGAGACGCAAAAAUGGAAGCUGUUUAUUAUUAUUAUUAUCUACUACCCUUUGUAUUUCCAGCCAUUUUGUCAGCUGUGCUGGGUCUCUCAUCUCAAGAUCACCAAAACCAGCUCUACGAGGCCAAGCUGAGAAUCACUCAAUCAGAAUCUCGUCUUGAGGAAAUCACUCAAAAUAUAAACGACAGAGACCGUUAUUUGGAGAGAUGUGAGAAUCUAAUUGGAGAACUAGACCACAAAUUAAACCAUCUGCAAUCUGUUUUCUCACAUUUAAAGGUUGCUGAUGACAAGAUUAAAGACCUAGAAGAAGAGGUUAGGGUUUUGUGGGCUACUUUGAGAAAGAACAAUUUUGAUAUUCAUGUUUUAGAAUCGAAAGCCCGGGAAGCUGAGGAUAGAUUGCAAAUGGUAACUUCGCAAGUUCAGAAGAUGGAAGACAUAGUAUCAGAACGGUGGAUCCAAAUUCAACAGUUUGAGCAGGCUCUUCAACUUAAAGAAAUAAGAUUGAAGGCUCAAAGACAAGCAAGGCCUCCAAGAUGGACUUUUUUAAAGUUUUUCAGUUACCUUUCUGGUGAAUAUCUUCCAAAUGCUCAUGGGCUGUUGAGUUCACAUUUCAGUGAAGAGUCUGCCUUGAGAGCUUACGUAUCUCAAACCUUCUCCUGGCUAAAAAGAUUCUAUUCAACAGUAAAAGAGUCCCACCAUGAGUUGCAAGUUUUCGUCAAACAGGAAAUGGAAAGACAUGAGUUCACAGCCUGUCUUGCUAACCAGGAAAUAGUAUUUUUCGUGGCUUCUGCUUUAAUCAUCUUCCCUGUAUUGAGUGCUUGGAUAUUGCUCUCAUCACAGCUGUGCUAGUCGAGAGAAGUUUCCUCAAGAGAGAAGUUUCACAGCCUAUUCUAUUAACAGGAAGCCAAGGACACUCACUGAGCAUCAUUUUUCCUGUUCUUUUCUUACUAGUUGUAGUAAGCAAGAGAGAAACAGUUUGCUCUGUGCCAGUGCUGUUGUUUCAUCUUCUUCUUGGAUCAUGCUGGAGUUUUGUUUCCAGAUUCACUACUGAUUCUCAUGCCCGAAUCAAUAUUGCUGUACCAUGUCAUCUGUAUAUAGUGGCAACAUGGGAGAUGGAGUUGUUGCUUCAUACUCGUUGCAUGAUAGCCUAAACAUGCUUCCUUUAUGAUCCUUUCCCCCGUUUUUCUGGGUUCUUGUGAUUAAACUCCCAAAAUUUUGUCAUUGUACACUGGACAGCAGAAUUCUCACUGAUUUUAUAUAAAUAUGGAAUGUAAACUGGUCCAUUGGAUAAA